AUUCUAGAUUCUACCCAUGGCGCUAUUUCCAUUUGAACUGUGAUAGACAAACUCUUAAUUCUUAAAUACGACGCAACACGAAGUCUCUCCAUUUCCCCGUCAACCAUCCCAUCCUUUCCUUCCCUCUCUCUCCUACACUCAAUUUCAUACUCUUUAGUAGUAUCUCAACUAACGAUCCCAAUGCUUCCUUCAAACAUCGGAUCUAGUAGAAGACUCGAUAUCAGCAGCUUAACGGCACCGUUGCCAGCGCCAGCUUCAGUAGUAGUUGCCAUUAAAGCGGAACGAGACGUAUCUAAAGAACCUUUAGCUUGGGCUCUCACUCAUGUGGCUCGCCCCGGCGACUGCAUUUCGCUGCUUGCUGUUUUUCCCGAUAAAACUUCUGGCCGGAGAUUAUGGAAUUUUCCUCGUCUUACUGGGAAUUGUGCCGGCUUGGAGGGCGGGAACUUACCCGAGAAGAUAUGCGAGAUUUCUGAAUCUUGUUCUCAGAUGGCCCUUCAAUUUAAUAAUCAAAUUCAGGUGAAGGUGAGAGUUAAAGUUGUUUUAGGUCUGCCUGCUGGUGAAGUGGCAGCUGAAGCUAAGAGAAAUGGAGCCAGUUGGGUCAUAUUGGACAAGAAACUAAGAGAAGAACAGAAACAUUGCAUAGAGAAACUUAACUGCAGCAUAGUUGUGAUGAAAGGUUGUCAACCGAAAGUCCUGAGACUUAAUUUGGGGUACUCAGAUGAACCUCAGACCCCUUACUUUUCAGCUGCCUCUUCUCCAGCCUUAGAUAGUGGCAGACUGCAAAGCUUUAGGAUGAAGCAUUCAACUCCUAUAAGCAGCCCUGAAUAUGCAAGUAGUUCCUUCUCGAGAACCACUGGAGAGGCUUCAAUGUCAACCUUUGACAUGCCACCUUCUCCGUACCUUGUUUAUGAGCAAAAUCCUCUGUUUGAGGGACCGAAGAAAGGGAGGCAGACACCUUGUUCUCCACGGAACAUUACAGUGUCCGAAAGGGAAAGGCUUAUUUUCCCCAAUAGGGAGUCUGGUGAAGUUAUAAAAAGCAACAGAUAUAAUACAUUUUGGGUUUCUGACAACCACGCUCAUAAUGAGAGGACUGUACCAACUUCUGGCUACAGAUACACUCAUGAAGUUAACUCUGCAGCUCCAAGUCUUAUGGAUGAUAAACUUAUACAGCAAGAUUUUGAAACAAGAAGUGGAUUGCUAGAGAAUGACACAAAUUGCAAAGAAGAUGAUGUCAAUAGUGCACAUGCUCGCAAUUCAUUCUCUAUGGCCAGAACAUCUUCAGCACCGCCUCCUCUAUGCUCAAUCUGCCAGCAUAAAACACCAGCAUUUGGAAAACCUCCAAGACGUUUAACUUAUGAGGAGUUGGAGGUAGCAACCAAUGGAUUUUCAAAUGAUAAUUUCUUGGCUAAAGGUGGAUAUGGUAUUGUCCACAGAGGAGUUUUAAGGGAUGGGCAGGUUGUUGCUGUGAAACAAUUGAAGUUUGUGGAUUCUCAAGGGGACACUGAUUUCUGUAGGGAAGUGCGGGUAUUGAGUUGUGCACAGCACAGGAACGUUGUGUUGCUCAUUGGAUUUUGUGUCGAGGGAAAGAAAAGAGUGCUGGUUUAUGAGUAUAUCUGUAAUCGCUCCUUGGAUUUCCAUUUACAUGGGACCAAUGCUUCCCCUCUGGAUCUGCCAUCACGCCUGAAGAUAGCAAUCGGGGCUGCGAGAGGCUUACGAUAUCUCCACGAGGAUUGCAGAGUAGGUUGCAUAAUACACAGAGAUUUACGACCAAACAAUAUCCUCCUAACUCAUGAUUUCGAACCUCUGGUUGGUGAUUUUGGUCUGGCAAGGUUGCAUUGUGAGUGGAAUAUGGGCGUUGAGCAGCAAGUAAUUGGCGCAUCAGGAUACUUGGCACCUGAAUACUUUGAUGGGGGGAACAUUACUGAAAAAAUUGAUGUAUAUGCUUUUGGAGUAGUAUUGAUGGAGUUAAUUACUGGUAAAAAGGUUAAGGAACUGCACCAAGAAAAGGGCUUCUCAUCUUUGGCUCAGCUCUUUGAUCCCUUAACUGCAUUAGAGUCUAAUCAAUUACAGAAAUCAACGUUUUUCCCUAAGGAACUUGAAAGCAUCCCACAUGAAAUACAAGCAAUGGGACGAGCGGCCUCCUUCUGUCUUCGCAGUGAUCCUGAGACCAGACCCUCCAUGUCAAAGGUGCUCAGAAUAUUAGAGGGUAGUAACACUCCAAUGCCUCUAGGUUUGGAUUUGAACUCAGUCGGUAGCCAAAGCGGGCAUAUGCAAGGCUUAAGUACUCGUAGACACUCAGAAUUGAGAAAAUGCCAUUCUCGCAAGCUUUCGCAGUAAAGAAGUAGGGAUCAGCUGUUGGUUGUAGAUACAAAGGCAGCGUUGGGAUAAUUUAUAUGCAUAUAUGCCUGCUCCAAAGCACCAUUGAUAAUUUUACCUUGUUACUUUUUACCUCAGUGUCAAAUGAACCACACAGGUUUUCUUAAAAACCUUCGUCCCUUAGUAGCAAUAUUGCGUUUCCUUCUAUUUUUCUUAUUGGGUUGCAAUGCUCUUUUAGGAACUUGUCACCCUUCUGUUUGAGUAACUUAUUUACAAGAGUUCUGGUUUUAAGUGUUCUUAUAUUUAGAUUUUUUAAUCUCCAUUGGUAUGUAAUUACUAUUGCAAGCUCUUUUAAGCAUACAACGAGGAGCAAAUUCAUAGUAAUUUUGGAUUUACCGUGCUUAUGGUAGACCCCGAGACUAUUUUUUUUCUCAUUGCU